UGUGUCUGUUGUCUGUUGUGAUGUAAUAAUGCUAUUGUUUCAUGUUAAAGUAAAAACAUCUUUUUAGCCGCGUUAACAACAAGUCUUGAAGAAUCCUUAGCAAAAUAUUUUGAGAAUCAAAGUUGGCAACGCAAGCUUACAGAUAAUGAAAGUUCGAACAUGAAGAACAACUUGAUUAGUUUUGUUUACUUUUGUUGUUCUAUUAUAAUUGUAAAGAUACAACUUGCAGGUGCUGAGUACGAAUUAUCACCGAAAGAUGCGUUAUCAGCUUAUGGUUGUAAAGAAUCCGUGUUCGUGAAACAAAAGUCUGGGAUCAUAAAAUACAACAUCGACGAACCUUUUACCAAUCUAUGCUGGUUUAUUACCGCUCAAACACAAUCAAACAUCGUCAUAAGUUUUUCAUAUUUCAACAUCCAACCUCAGGAGGAAUUAUAUUUUCCCCCACUGCAAGGUAAUGGUGAUGGAGAUUGCGGGAACUACCUCUUUGUACAAGAUGCUUCCACCAAACUUAGUUAUGUUAAAAAAAGCAAAUCAAAUCGCUUCUGCAGCUCUUUUUCAAGUUCCGAUGUUUUCCCAAUCGUGAUGAAGACAGACCGUGUGUUAAUUCAACUCGUGGCCAGGAUUAAUUUGUCUUAUUAUCAAGUUUCUGGAUUCAGUUUAAAAUAUUCAAUCGUUGAAAAAUGUCAAUCAAACUUGAUGAUGGAGCGAUACACAGUAGUGACUUCCAUCAACUUUCCCGGCAUGUACCCCACUAUAUCUUGCUCAUGGAACAUCACAUCAGCUCAUAAACACCCAAUAGAAAUUGUUAUUAAUUCGUUUCAAAUUCGACCAACAUCGCGCUUACUUAUCUAUGAUGGUUCAAACUCAAACAGCGAUCUACUUGGUGUUUGGAUUAGCGGUAACAAAGGUGACACCAUCACCACAAGUUCCAACAAAGUUUUCAUUCAGUUCCAACCCGGGAACCAGACGUUCAACCCAACUUAUACCGGCUUCAACAUUACUGUGAAAGCUAAAGGUAAAACAUGA